AUGACGUCAUCGCCCGUGCCGACUCUACUUUGUAACUCUGUGAAAAAAGAGAACGAAGCGAACCUUUCGGUCGCCGAGAGAAGCGUGAGGGUUCCGUUGGCGCGGGACGUACUUUUCGCUCGGAGCACCAUGUGAACUUCGGAGGAGAGACUUGUCAAGCGUGCAGCACUUAGAUGGAGGAAGGUAAAGAGGAGCUUCGCUGCGUUGGAUGCCAAGGGACCAUUCAGGACUCAUUUUUUGUAAAGGUUGGCUGUGAGUCAUGGCACAACGGCUGCUUUCAGUGCUCGGAAUGCUGCGACCGAUUGACAAACUGGUACUAUGAAAAGGAUGGCAAGCUGUAUUGCCGUAGUCACUAUUGGGAGAAGUUUGGUGAGGUGUGUCAUGGUUGCUCCCUGCUCAUGACUGGACCUGCUAUGGUGGCUGGAGAUUACAAAUACCACCCCGAGUGUUUUGUGUGCUUGAGCUGCAAGGUGAUCAUUGAGGACCAGGACACAUACGCUUUGGUCGAACGCUCCAAGCUGUACUGUGGGAAGUGCCACCAGCAGAUCGUGCUGACACCCAUGCUUGAGAAACGCUUGUGCGACUCGGCCCUUGACUCCCUGCCACACACCGUAACGCUCAUCUCGGUACCAGCUGCCACGAACGGCAAGAAGGGCUUCUCCGUGUCUGUCGUCAGGGAUUGCGGCACUGGUUCUACCAGUGUUCAGGUCAAAGAGGUUCGAGGAAUGCAUAUUAGUCCAGAAGUGAGGAAUGCCAUACAUGUUGGUGACAGGAUUCUAGAAAUCAAUGGAGUCCCAGUAGGGCCGUUGAUGGAGGAAGAGGUGGAUGACCUGAUCCACCGCACCAGCCAGACGCUGCAGCUGCUCAUCGAGUAUGACCCCGUGAGGCAGCGAUUGGACAGACUGCGCCUCGGCUCCUCACACCUGCGCCUGAGCGGGCCCGCUACCUCCCGCAUGCGCCUCUCCUCUCCCGCCGGCGGCGUUCUAGAGAGGACAGACCCCAGCGAUGACGGUACCCUAAAGAGGAGAACACUGAGGCGCAGUAACAGCAUCUGUAAAUCGCCGGGGCCGGCCUCCCCGAAGGAGAACCCCAUCCUGUCGCGGGACAUUGGGCGUUCCGAGUCACUGCGGUCCACCAACAGCUGUUCGCACCGCAUCUUCCGGCCUUGUGACCUCAUACAUGGAGAGGUGCUGGGAAAGGGCUUUUUCGGCCAGGCCAUCAAGGUUACGCACAAAGCCACAGGGGAGGUGAUGGUCAUGAAGGAGCUGAUUCGCUGUGAUGAGGAGACCCAGAAAACAUUCCUGAAGGAGGUCAAAGUUAUGCGAAGUUUGGACCAUCCUCAUGUUCUGAAGUUUAUUGGUGUGCUGUACAAGGACAAGAGGCUGAAUUUAAUAACGGAGUUCAUUGAGGGUGGCACGCUGAAGGAUUUCAUUAGGGACAUGGAUCCGUUCCCAUGGGAACAGAGAGUCAGCUUUGCCAAGAGCAUCUCCUCAGGAAUGGCUUACCUCCAUUCAAGGAGUAUUAUCCACCGAGAUCUGAACUCUCACAACUGCCUGGUUAAACUGGACAACACAGUGGUGGUGGCGGACUUCGGCCUGUCUCGUCUUGUUGUGGACGACAAGGUGCGACUUCCACCCACAGAAAAGCCCAGCACUAAGAAGAGAACGUUUCGGAGAAUUGACCGCAAGAAACGCUACACAGUUGUGGGAAAUCCAUACUGGAUGGCCCCAGAGAUGCUUAAUGGUAAGCGAUACGACGAGAAGGUGGACGUCUUCUCUUUUGGAAUUGUGCUCUGUGAGAUUAUUGGGCAGGUGUACGCUGACCCAGAGUGCCUGCCUAGAACUCUGGACUUCGGACUCAAUGUGGGCAAGUUCGUGGAGAAAUUCCUGCCCGAGGACUGUCCAGUGGCAUUCUUCGCCCUAGCGGUGGCAUGCUGUGACCUAAUCCCUGACAACCGGCUGGCCUUCGAGAAGCUGGAGGACUGCUUUGAGGCCCUGGCACUCAACCAGGAACUGGGCAUCCCUCUACCUGCCGAGCUGGAGGAGCUGCACAGGAGCCUCUGUCGCCUCCAUGGGCGUGCCGAAGCUGACGUGGCACAGAGGGCUCCCAGCCUGCGACCUGCAGAAGCUACAUCGUAGCAUCUCGCAACCUGGCAGCCAGUGACUUGUGCACUAGUGCUGGGGCAGGGGGGGAGGCAGGGUACGAGCUCCACUCACUCGUGUUUACUGGUCCACUCUGGAGACAAACAUUUCAGUACCAAGUAGGUGCAGCGAGGAGUGUGUUCCGGGCUUUGAUGGAGGAUUACGCUUUCUGGAAGAACAUGUUUGAUUUAAAACAUUACCAAUAUGAAUUAGCUUUUUUCCUUUCAAUAUUUUUUUUUAUUUGAAUCGCGUACUUUAUUACGUCCUAGUACCUAAGUGGAUGGUUCACACUUGGUCGCUGUCCUUGGUCAAAUGGGCUGCACUACUUCUCCAUUUAGGUUAAUGCUGACUUAGCAUAACUUGCUCUGAAUGGGGCUGUGGACACUCGAACCCUACGCUUUAUGUUGUGACACACUGCAGGGCUUUCAAAAAGGACUGCAAGGACUCCAAAUGCAGGAAUAUGAAUUUAGACACAACCACAGUCAUCGCUGAAACAGUCCAACAGAACACAUUUGAAUGACACCUGUGUUUCUGCCAGCCAGUGGCUAUGAAGGAAAUGUCAUUGUGUUGCUGGGCGACUGGGACUUAGGGCUUCACCCGUCUGCAGAAUUUUCUUUUCUCAGCACCGAUGUUCAGAUACUUUGUCCUUUGAGCCAGUGUUGGAGGGCACAGACUAGAGGUUUAGUCUUUCACCAAAUGGAAUACUUACCUCUCUCAUGGUAGGAUGUUUGUGCAUGAAGCUUUUUUGAGACUUUCAGAUGUUUUAACUGCAGUGAUUAUUUUUCUCCCCCCCUCCCUGCAUUAACCACAGCAGGUGUUACAAACUUUUGUGAAAGUGGCUUGCAUAAAACUGGAUUUUUUUUUUUUUUUUUUUUUUUUUUUUGGAUAAAUCAAUGUAUAGAAUGGUGUGUGUGUGUUAGCUCCCUUUGAGAGAACUGGGUUUACUGGUCUUCAGCGUAAAACUUCUGAAUAGGAUGUAAUUUAUAAACAGUUUUGUAGUUUGUGUUGUAAGGUACUGAUGGGAACCACUAGCAUUUGUAUCACUACUAGUGUCAUAUCACUAAUAUUCACUUAAUUAAAGUUGUGAAUGUC